AUGGAGAAAAAAAAAGGAAUGAAAGUGCGUACCCGUAACGAGUUGUGUGAGGUCAAGCGGGGAAGCAUUAACCGCGAGAGGGUCUCGAGCGCAUCGAUCAUAGGACUCCAUGUUGCUUUUGGCAAUCCAAUUCUCGUCAAGAAACCAAGCAAAGUCUCACACAAAACUCUUCCCCACAUCAAAAUCGAAAAAACGAUGUUGGGAGGGUAUGACAUCAUGGAAUCGGUGGACCAAACAACUUUUUCUCUGUUGGAUAAAAGAUCGAAGGAAGCAACCAUUCUCAAUUUGAUAAGUCAUUCCUUCGCGACGUUGGUCAACGGAAAAAGCGCCAAGAGAAAACCUUCAUUCAAAACAGAAAAAUUGAACAUCUUCGAAUCGAUUGAGCCAUUCACUUCUCUCGGGUUUUGUGAAUUUGGGAAGAAGGUAAUUGAUGUCAUUAUGAAGGAAGACGACCCCACUCAUACAAAACGACACCAAUUCGUGCAACUGGACGAGUGCGAUAAACGAAUUUUGCAGGUACUGAACGAGGUGGUCACAGAUAAAAACUACGUGAGCGAAAACGGAAGUGACAUUGUUGCAAUGAUCAAUACUUACGCAGAUAAAAUUGCUGCUCCAACAGAACUUGCUGACCGACGACCACUUCAGAACACCGAAAAAACAAUUAACAUGUCCAAAGAACUCGAGUUCUGGAAUUGCCAAAAGAUAAACACGUACAACUACAAAACGUUGUUUGACUCAUUUGCAGAACAAGUGGGACAACAUGGAGAUUAUAUGAGAACAGUUGGGAUCUUGAAUUUGGUUGGGAUGAUUCGAAAAGAGGAUGUUGACAAAUUGUGCGACCCCUUUGAAUUUUUGGAAAGUGAGUUCAAAGCGGUUUCGUCUCAGUUUCAACAGUACUUCGAUGAGUGUUCUCGAAUAGAACAAGAGAUACAAAACUCACUUCUCAGCGCUGAUGAAAAUAAGUUGGAAGAGAUCGAACAAAUGUUGCACUUUACGUACCCAUUAUACAUGAACUCCUUGAUACAGUCAUUCAGACAACUGUUUUCAAUUGGAAACAUCCACUUGGGGAACGACAACACAUCGGGUAUUAUCCAAAAAGCUCGACAAGAGAAGGUUGUGAGCGAAGUUGAAAGGCAUAAAGACGCGCAAAACACUUACUUGGGAAAGGAGCUUAUGGACAUAUUGGUUUCAGAAAACAGAACCACAGACUCAGUCCCGAUACACAUUGAGAUUUUACUCACAUACUUAUACGACUACUGUUAUGACUCACCAAAUAUCUUUGCGCCAUUGAGCAGCGAUGAUGUGGUUGUUGCAAGCCAAAUUUUGAGAAUGCUUCAAGUCAUCGAUAUGAACCAACUCUCUCCUCAUUUGCUUGCUGGUGCGUUAAAAAUGUUCUUGUGCCAGAUACCAGGAAGGUUGAUCAACAAAACCUUGACGCAUUCACUCAUCGAGCAGUGGUCUUCAAUCCCAAAACCCAUCUCUUUCCAGAUGUUCAAUAAGACAAUACGCAACCUGUUAAACACGUGCCUUCCCCAGAACCUAACAUUGUUAAAAUACACAUUCAAGUUAUUUUCGAAGGUAAACGCUUUUUCACAAACGAACAAAACAAACGAAUUUGUCAUUGCAAAACAGUUUUCCGAAGUUGUCUUUGACGUCGAAGAGAGUGUUCAAGAAAAAGCACAGGUAUUGGAGGAGAUAGUGUGUUUCAUCGUGUUGGAAUUCAAACACUUUUUCCCGGAGGAUAUCAGCGACACAGUUCUCAUGCUUGAGAAGGACAAAAAGAAGUUGAAAGAGUUUGAGAAGAACACACAGAAAGAACGAGAAGGCCGCAUUUUGCAACUGACAACGAUGGUUCCCCCACCAAAGUUUCUCGCUCAAGACAAAGAGACGCGCGUUGAAAAUAAGGGUUCUGAGUUGCUUAAUGAGAUUCAACAGUACAUUAUCAACAAGAAGACCCGGAAAAUGCAAUGUGAAUAA